AUGGAUGUCGUCACGGCUGAUGCCAUCCGUGCACCGUCUUGCACGUUCCAUGUCGUCAAACUGGCAUCGUCUUGCAUAGACAGCACCACUCCAUUCUCGCCAUGGUCGACUCCAUCUCCGGGUGACCGUGACACAUCUCAGAACCCCUUGCCAGGUGGAUUCGUGAAGCUCAUUUAG